AGGGGCCCGCCGGAAGCUGCGGGGUUGUAGCCGGCGCCGGCAGCGGAGGAGCUGUUGACUGCCAACUCCAGGCGUGGAAAGCACUUCUCAGCACGUCUCUCCGCGGGAGGAAGCGCCGGAGAGAACCCCGCGCCCCGCAAGACACCGCGGCCCGGGCCCUGGGGGAGACUGGCCGGGCCCCUCCCGACGGCGGGGUCCCAGGUCUCCGCGAUCCGGCAGCCUCUAAACUCAACAUGUAUGAAGCUUUGCCAGGAUCUGCUGCUGAAAAUGAAGAUGGCAUCAUGAAAGUGAAGGUGGAAGAUCCCACCUGGGAGCAGGUGUACAGAUCACAGGAGAGCAGCUGUCACUCCCAGGAGCUUUGCCGCCUUCGCUUCCGGCAGUUCUGCUACCAGGAAGCGCCUGGUCCCCGGGAGGCUAUGGCACAACUCCGAGAACUUUGCCAUCAAUGGCUGAGACCAGAGAUACACACAAAAGAGCAGAUCCUGGAGCUGCUGGUGCUGGAGCAGUUCCUGAGCAUCCUGCCUGAGGAGCUGCAGGCCUGGAUGCAGAUGUGUCCUCUGCAGAGUGGGGAGGAGGCCGUGACCAUGCUGGAGAAUCUUGCGACAGGAUGUGGCGACAUGGGACAGCAGGCCUCUUUCUACGUUCAAGGACAGAACAUGCACCUCGUGGUGGCAGACUGUCAAGGAACCUUUCUGGAGUCUCAGCAUUUCCAACUCCUGCCUGAUGGAACCCCUCUGAAGUGUGACCCUCCACAGCUUCCCCAAGAAGUGAGUGAUUUUGCUUCCCAGGGACCAGUCAUUCUCCAGGAAGAAAGUUCCAGACACAAGGCAGCAGUGCCCAACUUUCACCCAACCAAGUUCCAGGUGAUGAAGACCAGGGGAGAAAUGGCUGCAGCUCUUGCCCCAGAGGGGUGGUCACAUCUGGGUUUGGCAAAGAGGAAUCUCGAUGAAGAAGUUGUAACUAAAGAAAGAUUGACUAAUGUGAAGCAAGACACUUCCAAAGAAAUGGAACAAAGUGGAAAGACUUCAGCAAUACCCAAUAGAGAUUGUGAACCUCACCUGCCUUGUAGUACUGCUGCCCCCACUGAAAGGACAGUCUCUCACUUGAACACUCUGAAGGCCCGCCUCCCACGUGACUCGUGGGCCCGGAUGCACAUCGCAUCGCUGCAGUAUGCUGCAGGAGAUAUUACCCGAAAAGGGAGGAAAAAGGACAAAGCCCGAGUGAGUGAGUUACUGCAAGGACUUGCCUUUUCUGAUGACUCAGAGGUGGAGGAGGACAACGAGCCCGAGACCCAGCCUGCUGAAAAGAAGUUCAAGGUGUCUGGUGUGCCAGAGAAGAACUGGACUAAGAGAGACAUUAAACCCAACUUUCCAAGCUGGUCAGGUUUGGAUUCUGGACUGUUAAAUCUCAAGAGUGAAAAGUUGAAUCCGGUAGAGCUCUUUGAAUUGUUUUUUGAUGAUGAAACAUUCAAUCUGAUUGUCAAUGAGACCAAUAAUUAUGCUUCUCAAAAAAAUGUCAACUUGGAAGUCACAGUUCAGGAAAUGAGGUGUGUUUUUGGUGUGCUACUUUGGAGCGGGUUUGUUAGGAGGCCCAGAAGGGAAAUGUAUUGGGAAGUGUCUGAUGCUGAUCAGAACCUGGUUAGAAACGCCAUUCAGAGGGACAGAUUUGAAUUGAUUUUCUCGUACUUGCAUUUUGCAGAUAACAGCCAUCUAGAUCAAAAAGAUAAAUUUUCAGAAUUAAGGCCUCUCAUAAAGCAAAUGAAUAAAAAUUUCCUCUUGUAUGCUCCCCUAGAAGAAUACUACAGCUUUGAUAAAUCAAUGUGUGAAUGCUCUGAUAGUGAUCAGUUCCUGAAUGGAAAGCCUAUUAGAAUUGGCUAUAGAAUUUGGUGUGGUACAACCACUCAGGGCUAUCUGGUGUGGUUUGAGCCCUAUCAAGAAGAAUCAACUGUGGAGGCAGAUAAAGAUCGUGACCUUGGGCUAGGUGGAAACCUAGUAAUGAAUUUUGCUGAUGUUCUUUUGGAGAAAGGACAGCAUCCCUAUCACCUGUGUUUUGAUAGCUUCUUCACAAGUGUCAGACUAAUGUCAGCUUUGAAGAAAAAAGGGGUGAAGGCAACGGGAGCAAUUUAUGAGAACAGAACUGAAAAAUGUCCACUGAUGAAAACAGAACACAUGAGAAAAACGAAGAAGGGGUAUUUUGAUUUUCGAGUGGAAGAAAACGAGGAGAUAAUUUUGUGUCGUUGGCAUGGCGAUGAUGUUAUCAGUCUGUGCUCCAAUGCUGUCGGCAUAGAGCCCAUUGGUGAGAUAAGCUGUUUUGCUGAUGAUAAAGAGAUCUCUCAGGUGUGUCAGCCAUCCAUUGUGAAAUUGUUUGAUGAAUGCAGAAAAGGUGUAGCUCAAAUGGAUCAAAUUAUUUCCAAAUAUAGGGUAAGAAUAAGAAGCAAGAAGUGGUACUCAAUUUUGGUGAGCUACAUGAUUGAUGUGGCUGUGAACAACGCAUGGCAGUUACACAGAGCCUGUAAUCCAGAUGCUCCUCUUGACCUACUAGAUUUUCGAAGGUGUGUCGCCCAUUUCUACUUGGGACAUGACACUACUGUUUCAGAUUAAGGCACAUAAAAUGAAGAAAACAUAAUGGGCCUUAACUAGACACAGAAAAAUUUUAACUACACGUUAGAUCGUGUUCCUCCAAAGAAAAUCUGGUGUAUAUAUUCAAAGUAAUCAAGUAGUAUUUUUAAAUCAGAUGUUUAUAUAGAGUUUCAAAUACUAUUAUAAAAAAUUCCUAUGAAAAUGUUGAACUCCAGUGGUACCUUUCUCUGUCUAAUUUUGUGUAAGGUGUGGAAAAUCAUUUAUAUGUUAAAUUGUUUUGUGCAGUAAAGGAAUGAAAUCCUUCUUCCUUAAAAACAUUUUUCUCUAGAAAAUGCCAUUUAAAAAAUGCAGGCAGUGUCAGUAACCAUAGAAUGGCACUAAAUCCAGAGUUCAAAAUAGAAACAUAAUCUAUAAGGAAAUAAUGAUUUAAAUAAAACUUGGGUGAUGAGAGACUAAAGAUCCCAACAUUGGAGAUAAAACUGUGUCAGAUAUUGAGAAGGGUAAGAAGAGCCUGACAUGAAUCUUUAGAGAACUGUGGAGAAAAAUCCAGAGGCAAAGCAGUGCCUUUGGGUAGUUACAUACAAAAGGUAGGUCCUACUAGGUCUGUGUGAGUUAGCAGCAAAGGUAAAAAAAAAAAAAAAAAAAAAAAGUGAAGAAGACUGAACAAAACAAAGCAAAAGAGAUUACAAGAGUCAUCAUGAGACGAAGGCAUAACAUGUUGACAACAUAGCACUGUUGAGCUCCCUAAGGAAAUGAGUGAAUGACUCUGUAUUAAGGGUCAUUAGUGAUAAAUAAUCCAAUGAGAAAUGGAAAAAGUAAACCGUAUCAAUCACAGCUCCUUAGUAUUUAAAUCAGGAAUUAGUUUGGAGGGUAAAGAGAAGACUUACUCCUGUGGUCAUAACCACAAUCUGAUUUACUUUCAAAUCCUACCAUUUAUGGUCCUUUUCCUGGCAGAAAGGCAUCUAAUCAGGCUUGAAUUUCUUUUUAAUCUUUGUUAUUUGUUUCAGGCUUGAAGUUUUGACAUGCACAGAUGGUGCAGUACAUGGAUAGAUUCAUAUAUUCUGCACAAUGUGCUCAAGGAA